ACAUCGAUAAAUAUUUAAAUAAUUAAUAUAUGGAAGUAUAGUAUUACAACACUAAAUUAUAUCUAUUUAAUUUAUACUAUCUAUAAAUCCAAUGGAUCUUCUAUUGUUUAGAUCCAAUAAUUGAUAGCCCAAUAAAAAUUUAUGGUAUGUCCAAAAUUUAAAUGAUAAGAUUACAGAUUAAAUGUAACAUGACUUUUUAGGAAUAUGUCUAUUGAAUCUAUUUUUUAAAAGAAAAUCACACACGAAUCAAAGUUGUUACUUUUGUUUUAAUAUAUAAGAUAAAUACACUAUUAUUUAGAUGUUAUGCUAAUACAAGAUUUAUAUCAUAUACACACAUUUAGCAAAAAAGAUCAGAUUAUAUGUUUUAACUUUUGAUUCAGUUCUAAUUCAUAAAAGAACAAAAAUCUAUAUAUCUUAAUUAGCAAAUUCUGAGAUUAUCAAAGAAUUACGUUUUUUAUUACACAAUGAUAUGACAAGAUCUUGUAAACUGAGAAUCAUGUAUACAUUAUUCCUCGACGAUAUUUCUGAGCCUAUAUAAACAAAAGAAAAUUAUUCUAACACUGCAAUGAGCUUUCUAAUAUGUUAGCUAGCGUAUUCUUUUCUUAUCUUUUUUUUUUCUACCAAAACGAUCGUCACGCUUUAUUAUUUGUUUCUUUCAUUUGAUAUUUUAUCAAAUAAGAAUCCUUGAGACCUUGACUCCAACUUUUAACAUAAUGAUGUUUGAAAAGUAAAAUAGACUUUUGGUCCUAGCAAGAUUUUUAUGUGAAAAGCCUUUUUUCAAAAAAAAAAGAUUUUUAUGUGAAAUAAUUUGAAGUGUUUGUCAAGUGGAUAAUGUUUACUUUCGUGCAUGAGCACGUGAUAACCGUGGUACAAUAUGUUGCUAUACCUUAAUUAAGUCGAAAGUAUCAAAAAAAAAAAAAACAAAAAAACAUUGGGAGAUCAGUGGAUGUCUCUAAAUCAUACUCCUACUUGCAAUAAAAAAAUUAAAAUCAAAUAUAAAUACAUUUUUAAAAUCAUAUAAUGAUAAUAUUUUUUUGCGCUAACUGCAUUCCAACGUGUAAAUAAUUAUUGAAUAGCAGUGAGCAACUAUAGUUAUUGUCUUUAAAUAUAUGCACCCAUAGUCUUCAGUAAGUUUGGUUGGUUGGAACUCUCUCGAUCUACAUCUUGGAGAAUCCCUAGUUAACUAGUCAAAUGCACAACCAUAGUUUUAAACCGGUCUAUCCCAAUUUGACAUACUUAAACCGCAUUAAAACUGAACUAGAAUGUUUUAUAACUUUGUCAUUUGGAUGGGUCCGUAGACUGAAUUGAUCUGGUCCUGUAGGCCUUUAACACCACAUAAUAUAUUAAAACAACGCAAAUGAGAUAAUGUUUACUAAGAAGAUACAAGCUACAUGACAGCAAAUUUUUAUGACCUACACACGAUGUUGACGGUCCAAGUCGUUCAUAAUUUAAAAGGUGUGAGAUAUUUUGAUUCGAUAGCAAUAUUCUCACAACACGCUGAUAGCGAUACGAAAUUACAUCAAUCUCUCUAAUAAGAGAGAAGAAUCAUCUAGUUUAAUAUAACAACAAAUAUAAUAACAAGAAAGAGAAGACUUAUGACUUUCGAUCAAUGACUCGCUGACUCAGGAGCAUUUGAUCAUAAAAGAGACGUGUAGUCAGCCCAUUGGCUGCAGACAUUUCUUUCAGUGCUUUGUGGUCUCUUCUUCUGUAUAAGGAAGUAACCCAAGUGGUCUCUUUAGGAUUUUCGACGGCUUCGGCAAAGGGAGUGGAUUUUGAGGCAAAGAUUACUCCUAUAGUCAUAAUAUCUUCCAUCAUGGCAGCUACCGGCGGCCUCAUGUUUGGCUACGAAGUUGGUGUCUCUGGUGGAGUGACAGCGAUGCCGGAAUUUCUGAAAAAGUUUUUCCCGGUGGUCUACGGGAGAGUAGAAGUCGGCGUCGACAAAAACAACUACUACUGCAAAUACGACAACCAAGGACUACAAAUCUUCACAUCAUCUCUAUACUUAGCGGGUCUAACCGCAACGUUCUUCGCUUCAUACACGACGAGAACACUUGGACGAAGGCCAACCAUGCUCAUAGCUGGCGUGUUCUACAUCAUCGGUGUGGUUCUCAAUGCUGCGGCACAAGACCUAGCCAUGCUUAUUACAGGCCGGAUAUUGCUUGGUUGUGGAGUUGGGUUCGCUAACCAAGCCGUGCCGUUGUUCUUGUCGGAGAUUGCACCUACUAGGAUCAGAGGUGGUCUUAAUAUUCUCUUUCAGCUUAACGUCACUAUUGGUAUCCUCUUCGCCAAUCUUGUCAACUAUGGCACCGCUAAGAUUAAAGGAGAAUGGGGAUGGAGGCUGUCACUUGGUUUAGCCGGAAUCCCCGCGCUUCUACUGACGGUAGGAGCUUUAUUGGUGACGGAGACACCGAACAGUCUCGUUGAAAGAGGCCGUCUCAAUGAAGGCAAAGCCGUUCUCCGUCAGAUUCGAGGCACCGUCAAUGUCGAACCAGAGUUCGCUGAUCUCCUUGAAGCUAGCAGGCUUGCCAAAGAAGUCAAACACCCUUUCAGAAACCUUCUUCAACGCCGGAACCGGCCUCAUCUCCUCAUCGCCAUUGCCUUGCAGAUAUUCCAGCAAUGCACUGGAAUCAACGCCAUUAUGUUCUAUGCUCCUGUUCUUUUCAGCACUUUAGGCUUUGGCAGUGACGCGUCUCUAUACUCUGCAGUGCUCACCGGUGCAGUCAACGUCCCCUCCACUCUAGUCUCUAUCUACUUCGUUGAUAAAGUCGGUCGUCGUGUUCUUCUUCUUGAAGCUGGAGUCCAAAUGUUCUUUUCUCAACUCGUGAUCGCCAUUGUCCUCGGCAUCAAAGUCGCAGACCACUCUAAUAACCUUUCCAAAGGGUUUGCGGUUCUGGUUGUGGUGAUGAUAUGCACCUAUGUAGCUGCUUUUGCUUGGUCUUGGGGACCGCUCGGUUGGCUAAUCCCUAGUGAGAUUUUCCCUCUUGAGACACGUUCCGCGGGACAGAGUGUGACGGUCUGCGUCAACUUGCUCUUCACUUUCAUUAUAGCUCAGGCUUUCGUCUUGAUGCUGUGUCAUUUCAAGUUUGGGAUAUUCAUCUUCUUUUGUUCGUGGGUCUUGGUCAUGACUUUGUUUGUUAUGUUCCUCCUUCCUGAAACCAAGAACGUACCUAUCGAGGAGAUGAGGGAGAGUGUGUGGAAGAAGCACUGGUUCUGGGCUAGGUUCAUGGUGAUCAAGAUGUGACCGGCAAGAAGAGUAACAACAGGUGAUUAACAAAACACCAGAUAGAUAUAAGAAAAAAUAACUCCACAAUAUAUGCAAUUAUGAAUUCAAUACUUGGACCCUUAAAAUGUGUAUUCAACUGAGAGUUUUAGCUGAUUUGUAUUAAAAUGACAAAUUCACUGUUAUUCAAACAUGAAUUUUAAAAAUUCAUUUAAAAUUUA